AUGGCGCUGCGUAGCUGCGUCUCCUCCUCGCCGAACCCGCCGAGCCUCGAGGUCUCCAGCAACAUCCUCUCGUACGCGUCGUGCAGCGCCGGCGGACAGACCUCCAGCCGCAUGUCGAUGGCCUCGACGUCGUCCACGCUCUUUGCGUAUUGGCCGUCUGCCGUUUUCAGCACGCGCUUCUUGGCCCUCUCCCUGGAGCCCGGGGGAAGCGCCGGGUCGCGAUCGUAUUCCCUCAGAAAGACGGUCAGGACGUCGGACAUGACCAAGUCUGCCCUGAGUGUUAUGCACGCGGCGUUUUGCAUGAUCGCUUUGAGGCAUGCUUCGUCGCGCGAGAAGCAGGCCAGUUUGAGUCUCGUUCGCUCCGUCAGCUCUGUUAGUCUCCGCAUCAGGUCUGCUCCCGGAACCGCUCUGUCCUUGUCUGCUGGAGAUAAAGUGCACUCGUCCAGCGCAUCGAUCACGAGGAAGCACGAGGUUUGGCGGCGGAUCAGACUCUUCAAGGCCUGCCAUGUGUUUUCACCGGGUAGCUGGUCCUUUGGGCACAAUUCAAGCCCGUCCUGA